UUUUCCCGAAAUAGAGAAAAGUCGUUAAGUAAUUGGCACGUGUAUUGCAUGAGCACCAAGUAAGUCUAAAUCUGCAUUAAAUGCGAACAUCUGAGUCGACUAAACACCUUUUGAUCAAGGGCUUUAACGUGUCGUUACCAUAGAAUAGAGAUGAUAGAGCGCAUUUUAUACCAGUUUUGGAUGUAGACACGUGCUUAAACUUUAUUGGUUUGUUAGUUAAGAUGUUGUGUUACGACCAAGUGACUUUAUCAUGUACUCUCUCUCUGUUUCUGGUAGUAGAAAAAAGUCUAAAACCAUAUAGAGUUAACAAAGAGAAGAAGAGCAGAGGAAAACAAAAUCCCUAAAGUUUUCUCUCCGUGAGUCUUUUUCCUUUUCCGACAGUCAAACCCUAGGGGUUGCUAAAGGAAAGGGAGAGAAAUGGGUGGUGAAGAUGAAGUUGUAUCUGUUGAGCUACCAGCACCUUCUUCAUGGAAGAAAUUGUUUUACCCGAACAAAGUGGGUUCAGUGAAGAAAACAGAGAUUGUGUUUGUUGCUCCAACGGGUGAGGAGAUCAGUAACAGAAAGCAGCUGGAGCAGUAUCUCAAAUCGCACCCUGGAAACCCCGCGAUAGCUGAGUUUGAUUGGACGACUAGUGGGACACCUAGGAGAUCUGCAAGAAUCAGCGAGAAGACUAAGGCUACGCCGUCACCAGAUAAAGAGCCACCCAAGAAGCGAGGUAGAACCAAAUCUUCAGGGUCAAAGAAAGAUGCAGAAGGUGAGAAAUCAGAGGGAGCAGAGGAAAACUCUCAUGUGAAAGAUACUGAAAUGAAUCCUCCAGAGGGAAACGUCGAUAAUGAGAAUGGCUCUGGUGAAACUGGGAAGGUGAAUGAUGCAAAAGACAACAUGGUUGCAAAGGAAACUCCAAGUGCGACUCCAGUUCAAGAAGCGGGUGACCGUGAGUCGGUGAAGGAGAAAGCCUCGGAUUCAGUUGAAGAUAGUAGUAAGGAGAGAGUGGAGUCUCAGACUGACAAAGAAAAAGAGAUUGGCUCAAUUGAAAAGAACUCGGUAGAUACAGAGAAAAAGACUGUUGAAGCUAGUGAUGAGCAGAAGAAUUCUGAAGCUGAGACCAGAAACCAUGAGGAAAAUGGUCUGACAACAGAAGCUGAGGGGAAAGAGAAAACCGCAGAAGCAGAAGCUACCGAAUAGCCCUGCUCUGCUUCUGUUAGCUCGCGAAACUGUAAGUCAGUUGUUUCUAUCAAUAUAUAUUGAAGUAUGUUUUCCUUCUUGCUUUCUUUUUUUUUUAACGAAUCGGAGCAUUAUCACGGUGAAAGAUGUUGUUAGGCAGAGUCCCAGAGAUAUGUAUGAUGAGUAAUAUGUGCAAGUUCUGUUAGGUUAAAGAUUAUGUAGAGGAUAUUAUUGACUCUUCUGUAAAACCAUUGCAACCACUUUGGUUUCUUUUUCCUUUUUCGUAUGGAUGGAUAAUCUAAGUUACAAACAA